AUGACUCAAACAGCUGAUCUUAUCAAUCGUCCAUUCCCAAAGCCAGAGACAAUCGCUGAGCAGAGGAAGAAGGUUCUUGAAUACCUUCGUGGAAAGGUUGACGGUGGCGCAAUUUUGAUUAAAGGUCUUGUUGAUCAAUACCGCCCACGCAGCGACCAAGACCCAUACUUCCGCCAAGAUUCAAACUUCUGGUACAUCACUGGUGUCAACAUUCCAGGAUGCGAAGUCUUUGUCGACAUUAAGACUGGCAAAACAGUUCUUUUCUAUCCAGAACAGGAAGAAGACUUCGAAAUGUGGGCAGGCCCACAACCAACACUCGCAGAUAUUCGAGAGAAAUAUCAAUUAGACGAGGUUCUUCUCGUCACAGAAAAAGAAAAAUUCCUCAAAGAGUCAGGAAUCACUAAAUUCUACAACUGGGACGAUCCAAUCCUCGUCGAGACAUUUGAAGAGGUCCGCCAGUGCAAACUCGAUGGAGAAAUCGAGAUAAUGAAGUACUCAGCCGAAAUUAACAAUUUAGCCUACCGCAGAGUUCUUCAGAACCUCAAACCAGGCAUGUUUGAGUUCCAAGUCGAAGCAGAAAUGCAAUACGUCUACUACAACCAUAGUUGCUACGCUUCUCCAUUCCAAAUGACAGUUUGCUCCGGCCCACUUUGCGCCAUUCUUCACUACCACAAGAAGUCACGCCAGAUCCAAGAUGGAGACUUAGUUCUCAUCGACGCUGGCGGCGAAUACGAGAUGUAUUGCGCAGAUAACACAAGAACAUACCCCGCAUCAGGCAAAUUCUCCGACGACCAGAAGGUCAUCUACACAGCUGUCCUCAAUACGCAAAAGGCAGUCAUCAACGCCGCAAAGGCCGGAAAAACAUGGGCAGAACUCGCCAUGUUGUCUGCCAGGACAAUGGCCAAGGAUUUGAUAGACUGCGGCUUGUUGAUUGGAACAAUCGACGAGGUCGUCAACUCAGGAGCACUCGAGGCUUUCUAUCCACACGGCCUCGGCCACGGAAUGGGAUUGGAUGUACACGAAAUCGGCGGCUGGCCAAAGGGAACAACACGUCCGAAGACACCACACAUGAGGUACCUCAGAAUGGGAAGAACCCUUGAGCCAGGAAUGGUAAUGACUGUAGAACCAGGCUGCUACUUCGCUCCAGGACUGUACGAGAGAGCACUCGCUGAUCCAGAGAGAGCAAAGCACAUCAACGCUGACCUCGCAAGGAGAUUCCAGAAGACUGUCGGAGGAGUUAGAAUUGAAGACGACAUCGUCAUCACAAAGGACGGAUGCUUCGAUCUCUCCAUCAACAUUCCAAAGGAAAUCGACGAAAUCGAGGCCCUUAUGGCUAAGAAAUAA